AUGGCCCAGACCGAGAGCUCACUUUCGAACGACACAAGCUCUACCAGACAAGAUGUAGACCUCGAGACAUCCGAAAAGGGCCCCCAUGUCGAGGCACUGCCAGAACCACAAACAGUAUCUCCCACAAGUGAGACUGAAUAUCCCGAGGGAGGUCGAGAAGCAUGGCUCGUCGUUGUAGGAGGAUGGUUCGGUCUCUUCUGCACCUUUGGCCUCGUAACAUGCGUCGGUGUAUUUCUCGAAUACUACCAGGCCGGACCUUUAGCAGACUACAGCCCCAGCACCAUCAGCUGGAUCACUAGUUUGCAAGUCUUUUUCCAAGUCGGUGGUUCAGCAAUCGUGAGUCCCGCCUGGGGUCGUGCCUACGAUUCAUACGGUCCUCGAUACCUUCUCCUCAUUGGCGCUCCCGUAUACGUCUUCGGAUUAAUGAUGCUCUCUUUAUCAACGCAAUACUACCAGAUCCUCCUCUCCCAAGCUCUGCUCAGCUCCAUCGGCUCAGGCGCCGUGUUUACUGCUUCUCUUACGUCGACAACAUCAUGGUUCAGAAAGAAGCGCGGGACAGUCUUUGGCAUCGUCAAUUCUGGAUCUUCCGCUGGUGGUAUAGUGCUGCCCAUCAUGCUAUCUCGUCUGUUCAAGAUUAUAGGUUUCGGCUGGACGUUAAGAGCGGUUGGAUUCAUGUUCUUGGCUUUUAUGGCGAUUUCGUGUGUUUUGAUCAAGUCGCGUACUCCACCGAAACUUCGUCCUUUCGCGUUGUCGGAUUAUCGGCGCUGUUUAAAAGAGCCAAUCAUGCUGUUGACAAUGCUUGGUGGCUUUCUCUUCUUCUGGGGAAUGUUUCUACCGUUGAACUACAUCAUUGUCCAGGCAAAGGCGAGCGGCGUUUCACCCAAACUUGUUCCUUACCUUCUCCCUCUCAUCAACGGUAUCAGUCUCAUUGGUCGUUUGACAGCAGGUGCACUGGCAGAUGCCAUCGGUCAAUUCAACUGUAUGUUGAUAAUCACUGCAUUCACAGGCAUCUUGACUCUCGUGCUUUGGAUACCGGGUAGUCAGAGCACGGGAGCUAUCAUGGCAUACGCUGUUGCUUUUGGCUACGGCUCAGGCGGCUACGUUUCAAUUUUCCCUGGCUGUGUCGGUCAGAUCAGCCCUAUCGAAGAGAUCGGUACACGAAUUGGACUUGCAUCACUUGUUAAUGCGUUUGGGGCUUUGACGGGUAGUCCACUUGGUGGUGCGUUGAUCUCGGAUAAGAGCGGAAGUGGGAAUAGCUUCAUGGGCUUGCAGUUGUUUUGCGGUUGUACCAUGAUUGCUUCGGUGUUUGCAUAUGGAACUGCACGGUAUGCUCUGGCGGGAUUCAAAUGGACGAAGGUUUAG